UCUGCUUUCCUAUUCCACGGCUCAGCUCAGGAUCUCUCUUAUUUUGGCUCCAGGAUAUUUGGCUGUGAGACGACACAAGUAUGGGCUUUUCCAUCAGUGCUGUGGUCAUCUCACUCCUCUCCUGUUGUCUCUGGGAUACCGAGGCUCGCCGCUAUGAUUCAGUCAUCAAAGUGGCAAAUGGAGGACAAUGGGGUUCUUGGGGGCAAAGAGAAUAUUGUCUCAUAGGUCACGCUAUAGGCUUUUCACUGAAGUACAACCGUGGGCAGAUUCAUAGCUUUAAGAAAAUUUUACCAGAUGUAUUUCUUUCUACACAUAGCGAAACCACAAGUCUUUCUCUAUGCCAGGUAGAGCCAUAUCAAGGUGGUAAACCUUCACAAGACGAUACAGCCCUAAACGGCCUACGCCUGGUCUGCAAUGAUAACACAUUCAUUUCAUCUGCUGUCGGAAAGUGGGGUGCUUGGUCUGAGAUUAAUCACUGUCCCAGACCACACAAGUUGGUGUCCUUUUCUCUUAGAGUGGAGAAAAGCCAAGGGUUUGGUGAUGACACUGCAGCCAACAACAUCCAGUUCUUGUGCAGCGAUGAGACGGUGCUCAGGGGCAACUCACAUAAUUGGGGUCAUUAUGGCUUAUGGAGUCCUCGUUGCAAAGAUGAUACCUUUAUAUGUGGGCUCAGGACAAAAGUGGAGUCACCACAGCAGUCUGGGGAUGACACUGCAUUUAAUGACGUGGUGUUCUUUUGUUGUAAGAACUAACAACCUAA